AUGGACGGGACAAAACCUGUGCAUCUGUGGAACGGUGCGGGGCAAGGGGGGAAACGGAAAGCCUCCGCAGAAUGGCACAGGGCUGCAGCAGCAGAAAGGCAAAUUGACAAAACUGCUGCUGAAGACCAGAAGUUUGUGGUUGGCAGUGUUCAAAUCUUCCUCCCAAGAGAUGCUCUUCAUGUCUUUCUUGUCUCCUUUCUGUCAGAAGCUGAUGCCAGUGGCCUUCCUCUGAAGCGUAGCCAUGUGGAAAGCCAGGAGUGUGGCACAGCACCCAAGAGAGCAGUGGCGAGCAGCUCGGAUGUGCCGGAGGACAUCACGGACAUCCAGGGUUUGCUCUCUUGGAUCAAUGACGUGGCAAGAGCUGCUGAGGUCCCCCAUGAGAACCCCGGCAGCCCUGCCCCAGGAUGCUUCAUCACUGAGCUCCCUGCCAACCCUGGGGACAGCAGGGAGCUCAGCACACAGGCUGCCUCUGGGACACCCACCGACCCCUUCUGGGGGCUUCCACCAUCCCCCGGGUUCUUGCCUGAGCUGCAGUGCGGGCUGUCGGAGCUGCGCCCCGUCGUGCCACCAGCGAGCGCCCGGCUCAGCCCACAGCCGACCACCCUGGCUGUCAGCGCACCUCCCUCAGCGCAAAGCGCGCAGCCCACCGAGGAGGUGCAGCAAAGGCAGCCCCAGGUGGUUCAGGCAGAAAAGAAGAACAGGGGCAGCACCAAGCGGGGGGCCAAGCGCCCUGCGCCUGCUGGCACCCCCCAGAAUGGGGAGAGCUCCCAGCAGGAGCAGCCCACCAGCAACGCCCCAGCCAAGAAAAGGAAGCUGCUGCCGCAGAGAGAAAGAAGUGAGAGAAAAGGCCGCAAACACGCGUGCCAAGGGAGGCUGCCUGGGGCUGGUGCAGGAGUCAGCAGCAGCGGGCAAGCGGGCUCAGGCAGCGAGCUGCGCAUGCACCUGCAUGAAUCUAUCCAGGCCGUGCACCCGCUGGGGCAGAGGGUGACUGUGGUGGGCCCGGUGCGCCAGCCACCCUCUGUGCGGCCCCAACCCUCAGCCAGUGCUGGCCCUGCUGCCCUCCAGCCCCAAGACAGCAAAACAAACAAGGCAGCGCCGGCACCUCCAGGCAGCGUGGCACGAGAGGAGUGCACUGCCAAGAGGACGGCACCGAGCUGCCCGAGCCCAUCCCUGCAGAGGAGCUCACCGCUGCGGAGGGACCCACCAUCACCACCAUCACCACCACCACCAGCAGCGCUGCACCAACAGCAGCCUCAGCCGCGGCGCCCCAUGGACUUUGUGCCCUGCAUGGGGCCGCGGGCGGGUGGUGGUGCGGCACCCAUAGUGAUGGAGGAGUCGCUGCCCAUCACAGCCGAGCAGCGGCCCGAGCGGGAGCGCAUGAAGAAGCUGGCCCAGGAGGAGCGGCAGCGGGCGGCCCGGCACAUGAAGAUCGGCCCCGUGCAGUUCCUCGUGCAGCGGGAGAUAGACAUGGCCAUCGCUGACCGGUAUGGCUACCCGUAACCCUGCGCUCCUCGCCGGCCCACAGCAGCAGGCAGCAGCAGCAGCAUUCCAGGGGCACCGCCAGCGUCCCCAUCCCUCCUUUCCAGAACCGAGCUGUCCUCUGGAGUCAUCAUGGCAGUGGGAUGGGACAUCAUCUGGGCAUCAACUGUUGUGGGAUGGGAAUUUUAGGAUUACUGUCAUUGCUGUUACUCAUUGUUUUCUAUGAUACGGUACUAAAAGCUUUGUGUUC